AUGUCUGAGACAAGCGAUAAUGCAAACACGCCGACUUCCAACGAGCCGGUCUCCAGUGAACCAGGUCUACGUGUGGGCGUGAAAGAUUUGUCCAAAUCACAGCUGUCUGUGUCCGAAAUUACGCAGAAAUUGAGCUCUGAACUGAACGACGCGCUAGACGAACUGGCAAAAAUAGAUAAGGCUCUCAACAGAACGUACGACAGCAUUGAACGCAAGAUCAGCCAGAUAGCCAAACAGUAA